CAGCGCUCGUAGUCUUUCCGUUGUCAAUAACGGACACUGGUAGAGUAUUAUCCCGGCACACAAAACGUUUGGAUACUGGAUAUACGGUACACACACAGCCCACAACACACAUUAAUCUCGUUAAAAAUAAGUUAACUUAAGUAACAAUUAAAUAAUUAAAUGUGAUAUCCACCACAGGGUUUAAUUUCGCGGUGUCUGACACCAGGUAGCAACAAUAAAACGUACGUGUGUAAAAGUGAGUAAACCGAAUUAUUUUAUUAUCGAGUUUAUUGGCAUUAGUGCGGGCGUGCCUAGAGUCCUUUUUCCCGUACACAAAAGCUGCUCGGAGCUCGGUUGAUGUCAUUAUAUACAUGCAUGCACAAUAUAUACAAUCACAUCAGCUCACAUGAUAUUUUUAAUGCCUCAAUAGCUGUCAGCUCUAGAUAUUUCACCAAAUCGCCGGUUUCCUAAACUAAAAACUCGUGUGCUCAGCAUCUAGCACCAGAGUUGACUCGGACUCGGACAUAAAACCCGUAAAACUGCGCCAAUAAAAAUAGUAAUAACGGCAAUUGUAAUUGUAAUUGUCUUCAGGACAAUAACCAGUGGCUUUUAUGUCGUCCGUGUCCACGGCAACCAAUUGAUUAAUAAAUGACCAUGGACCACAACGCGUGCAACAUCGCCACUGGCACCAGCAUAAACAUCAAGCGGACUGAUGGUCGCAUCCACUCGGCAAUAGUGUCUGGUGUCAACUGGGAACAACAGAGUGUCACAGUAGAAUGGUUCGAGCGAGGCGAAACAAAGGGAAAAGAAGUGGAGAUGGACGCCAUCAUCGCGUUAAAUCCCGAGCUAACUCCACAAUCUAUGCCUCCGCCACAGAUAAACUCAUCUGUAAAUAGAUCAAGGCAUUCCAUGAGGCCAUCGAUUCCCGUCAAAGCGACAGCAAACAAGCAACCGAGACACCAAACAGGACGACCAACAAAUAUAAUGCCACCAGUGCUAUCAAACGGUCACGGAGAUCCAGUAUCAGGUCUCACAAGUCGUCGCGAGGUAGAAAAUAUACCACCAACACCCACAGCACCAGCCUUUGCUAACGUCAGUUCUAUAUCACUAAAUAAACCAAAAUCAAUCCAGGCUCCACAGCAGCAGCCACAGCCGCAGCCACAACAGCAGCAGCAGCCACCGGCUACAGUAGAAAACGGAAGAGGAAGACGUUCUAAUGUAGUCAAGGAAGUCGAGAGGCUCAAGAAGAACCGGGAAGAACGGAGACAGAGGCAAGCUGAACUUAAAGAAGAGAAGGAAGCUCUCAUGAACAUGGAUCCUGGUAACCCAAACUGGGAAUUCCUCGCCAUGAUCCGCGAGUAUCAAAAUAGCAUAGACUUUAGGCCACUGCGUGAGUCAGACGCUGUCGAGGAUCACCAGAUAACCGUUUGCGUCAGGAAGCGGCCUUUGAACAAAAAAGAACAAACUAGGAAAGAAGUUGACGUCAUAAGUGUGCCCAGUAAAGACCAGAUGGUCGUUCACGAGCCGAAGUUGAAGGUCGACUUGACAAAGUACCUGGAGAACCAGCACUUCAGAUUCGAUUACGCCUUCGAUGAAUCCUGCAACAACGAGAUUGUCUACAAGUACACAGCGAAGCCGCUCGUCCAGACGAUCUUUGAGGGUGGGAUGGCGACAUGUUUCGCGUACGGGCAGACCGGAAGUGGAAAAACUCACACAAUGGGCGGUGACUUUAAUGGAAAGACUCAGGACUGCAAGAAAGGUGUCUAUGCAAUGGUAGCUAAAGAUGUAUUCAAGUAUCUGAAGUCACCCAAGUACCGGGUGCUGAAUCUCGUGAUAUCCGCAAGUUUUUUUGAAAUUUACUCCGGCAAAGUGUUCGACUUGCUUGCUGACAAGGAGAAGCUUCGCGUGCUCGAGGACGGAAAACAGCAGGUUCAAAUCGUCGGGCUCACUGAGAAGGUCGUGGAAAGUGUCGAGGAAGUUUUGAAGCUGAUCCAGCACGGCAACAGCGCCAGGACUAGUGGCCAGACCAGCGCUAACUCAAACUCCUCAAGAUCACACGCAGUCUUUCAGAUAAUCGCCCGGACACCUGGCACUCAUAAAGUCCAUGGUAAAUUUUCGCUCAUUGAUCUCGCGGGUAAUGAGAGAGGCGCCGAUACUUCGUCAGCCAACAGACAAACGCGAAUGGAAGGCGCAGAAAUAAAUAAAUCACUACUCGCUCUCAAAGAAUGCAUACGUGCACUAGGUCGUAAAGGAACUCAUCUACCUUUCAGAGCCAGUAAAUUAACCCAAGUACUCAGGGACAGUUUUAUUGGUGAAAAAUCUAAAACUUGUAUGAUCGCUAUGAUAAGCCCAGGGAUGAGUUCGUGCGAGCAUUCUCUAAAUACCCUAAGAUACGCGGAUCGAGUCAAAGAAUUGGCAGCAACAGAUCCAACAGAAAUAAAGGUCUCGCCUACAGACGACGACCGGUUGUUUAAAAUAGAGGAACAAGCCAAUGACAGCGCACUUUCUGACAGUGAUUUGGCCCAGCUUCGAUCACUGAAUGAAGGGGAGUUGUCGCAAGAUCUUUACACCUUCCACGAAGCGGUUUCCGCUCUUCAGCUGAUGGAGGAAGAGGUACUGGAUACGCACAAAGCCGUUAUUGAAAACUCGAACCAGUUUUUGAAUGAUGCCCAUGAAGUAUUCAGCGCGACCCAUGAAGUUGAUUACGACCAAGAAGAUUUGAGACGGAAAAGAACAAAGUUUGAGUCACCAAACAUGAUGAGGAGGUUCUCAUUGUCUAGACGUCUCGUUGACAGAAUUCAAUUUUCAGAUGCGUACGCUAAAAAGUGGGAAGAACUUUUGCUGCAGCAACGUGAUACAAUCAACGCUGCGCUGGACCAAGUCAGUCAGUUCCGUAGUCAGCUCGUCCAAGAGGAGCGCAUCAGCCAGGAAAUGACACGUGUCCAUAACACGCGAUACAACUAACUCAUCGAAAUAAGAUUUAAAAUUUAAAUUUAAAUAAUAAUGAUAUUAAUAAAAUAAAUAAAAAUUAAAAUAAAAUAAAAAAAUUAUAUAUAUCAACGCUAUUAUUUCUGUAAUCGCGGAUUUAUGCCGUCACGAGGUCUCGUUAUCUAAAGUUUACUUAACAUCCACGCACUUGGACUUGACUGAUUAAAAUCUAUCUCAGCAAGGUCACGUUUAAUUAAAAGUUGAUCACUUUGAUCAAGUCUAUUGAUCAAAACUGAUUAAUUAUUUUUCUUUCACAAAAUAAAAGUCGUGAUAACUCAAAAAUUUCAAAUUAACUCAUAUCAGAGCGUUGAUUGUUAAUUAAAAUCCUUUUAUUUAAAUUAUUUAAACUGAUAUUUUAUUUUUUUUAGUCACCAGUUGACGUCUUUACGCGGUCUUACAUCUAUAAAUAAUAAUAAUAAUAAUAAUAAUAAUGAUAAUUAAAAUAAAAAUAUUUAUGUAUUUUUUGGAUAUAAAAGAAACACUGAUAUCAAAUUAAUCUGAGUAGGCCUACGAUAAUUAAUCAUUAAAAAAAUGCUUAAGAGUUCUUGUAUUUAUUAAACAUAGUGAGAGAUAAUUAUUAAUUAUUGAUUAAUCUAUUAUUAUUAUUAAUAUUAAAAAAAGAGAAAUAUCAAUAUGUUACGCGGGAUCUUUAAAUAUCAAGAUGUAAAAAAUUAAGUGUUACAGCUUUUACGAGAGUUAACGGAUCAUAAUUAGUACAGAAAAAAAUUUUAAAUAAUAAUAAUUGAAAUUUAAAUUAAAAUGAUAUGUUAUGAGUGUGUGUGCGUGCAUGAAAAAUGAUUGGAUCUUAAGCUUGUUAAUAGAUAGUUGGAGAUGAAUAAAAAAAUAAUUUCUAUUAAAUAAAAUAGUCAUAGUAAUUAAUUUUUUUUUUACUGGGGAUCUGUCGGCGAUUUUUUGUAUUGUAAUUUUAAUUAUAAUUAUAAUUUCUAAUUUUUAUUUAACAGUUCCGCGGAUCAGGUCCCCGCGUACUGCUUUUGAAUUUUGAUACUGAAAUUAGCCGUCUGAUAAUUUUUUGGUUAUUUUUAAAACGAUAAAUUAUAAAAAAAAAAUUAUUUUGAAAAAAUGCGGUUGUAGUUUUUUUAAUUUUCUACAUGUGCAUAUUUUUAGUUUUUUAAUUUGUUAAAAAUAAAGUAAAGAAAAUAGUAGCUGUCUGUUAAUUUCAGGAUCAUUUCGAAUCAUGAUCCCGAAGUUAGUCGACAAUUUUUUGAAUUUUAUUUUUCAAGAUAUCAAUUACAAAAAAAAAUUAAAAAAUGCACAGGUAGAAAAUUGAAAAAACUAUAAGUGCAAUUUUUCAAAAUAUUUUUUUUUAUAAUUUAUCGGUUAAAAAAAAAAAAUCAAAAAGUUAUUAGACGUCUGGUAACUCAGUAUCAUUUUGAAUCGCAUUGAAAAAUAAUAAAAAAGUAAAGCCAAAUAACGACUGAAUUGAAAAGUUAUUUAGAUUUUACAUCAAAGACACAAUCGCCUUAAGUAUUCUUUGUUUUUUUCUUCUUUUUUAAAUUCUUAUCUAAGUUAUUAAGAGAAUAAAUAAUGUAGGAAAUAAAUGAUGUACUGCGUUAACUAAUUUUUCAUACGUAAGUUGAGUUUGUGUAACCGGUGUAAUAACUCCUAUCUUGUUUUAAAUAAUAACUUUGUUGUCCUCGAGGAUUGAAUUAGUGGCCUUUAAUAAUAAACAAGAAAAAAAAAUAAUAAAUAUUAAUUAAGUAAUAAAAUAAAAUGAUAAAUUUGUAUUGUAUUAAAAGAGAAGAAAAUAUGGAUUGCAGUAUAAAAUUUUUAUUUGUUACAAUUAAUUAAUGACUCGGAUUUAAAUAAAAGCAUUAAUAACUCGA